CUGCAGCAGUAGCUGAGGUUCCAACACAUCAAGCCUCGUCCCUCGUGUCUCUCUACGAGCUUAGGACGAUGGAUCACGCGGCCGACGCGCACCGGACGGACUUGAUGACGAUCACCAGGCACGUGCUGAACGAACAGUCGAAGCACCCCGAGUCGAAGGGCGACUUCACCAUCCUCCUCUCCCACAUCGUCCUCGGCUGCAAGUUCGUCUGCUCCGCCGUCAACAAGGCUGGCCUCGCCAAACUCAUAGGACUCGCAGGAGAGACGAACGUCCAGGGUGAAGAACAGAAGAAGCUAGACGUGCUCUCCAACCAAGUCUUCGUCAAGGCUUUGAUCAGCAGCGGUCGCACAUGUGUUCUUGUGUCAGAAGAGGAUGAGGAAGCCACCUUCGUGGAUCCAUCAUUGCGUGGAAAGUACUGCGUCGUCUUCGAUCCCCUGGACGGUUCCUCUAACAUUGACUGUGGCGUCUCCAUUGGAACGAUUUUUGGCAUUUACAUGGUUAAAGAUAAGGAUAAUGUGAGCCUUGAUGAUGUGUUGCAACCAGGGAAGCAUAUGGUAGCAGCUGGCUACUGCAUGUACGGCAGUUCUUGCACUCUUGUGUUAAGCACCGGGAACGGUGUCAAUGGUUUCACUCUCGAUCCAUCUCUUGGAGAGUUCAUACUCACCCAUCCGGACAUUAAGAUACCCAAGAGAGGCAAAUUGUACUCAGUGAAUGAAGGAAAUGCCAAGAACUGGGAUACUCCUACAGCAAAGUUUGUGGAGAAAUGCAAGUUCCCAAAGGAUGGUUCAUCACCAAAAUCUCUGAGAUACAUUGGAAGUAUGGUUGCUGAUGUCCAUCGAACACUGCUGUAUGGAGGCAUCUUUUUGUACCCUGCAGAUAAGCAAAGUCCUAAUGGAAAACUACGCGUUCUGUAUGAGGUCUUUCCAAUGUCAUUCUUGAUGGAACAAGCAGGAGGUCAAGCUUUCACAGGAGAACAACGGGCCCUUGAUUUGGUUCCCACCGAGAUUCAUCAGAGGUCUCCAGUAUUUCUUGGCAGCUAUGAUGAUGUUGAGGAAAUUAAAGCUCUCUAUGCUGCCGAAGAGAAGAAAGCAUGAUCAACACACAUCAAACUCCAUCAUGCUUGUAUUCCCUGCUCAUAGUCCUCUCACACAGAACUAUGGUGUUGAACUUGUAUUCCCUGUAUACAAGAUGCUCUUCUCCCACAAAAAUGGUGUCUCCACUAUUGAUCCUGAGAUGCUUAGGAUGUGUAUGUGCUUAGAAGCGUGUAUCGGUUGCCUCACCUGGGCAGCAUCCCUGCUUUCAACGUGAUGAUUGAGAGAUCGCACAGAUAUCUGAAACUUCUCGCUGUAAAUGUACGUGUAGCUGAGGUAUAUUUCAAGGACCAGAAGAUAAAGAAGCAUUACAUGA